AUGGCCAUCAGUUAUCCGCCGGCGGACUACUGUUCCGAUUCAGAUGACGUCUGGGACUGGGUACCCCCUGCUGCUGCGGCUGCCGAUGACGACGACCCUACCACUCCUAGUUCCAGUUCCAGGGGCGACGACGACGAGCGGCAGAGGGCGGCGAUGCUGAGCGCCAUGAACGGCCAGCUCAACAUCCUCGCCAGCCGCUUCCUGGCGUCCGCCGGCGUCGACCCGGAGUGGCUCGACGUCGUCACCUCCCUCUCCUGGGAAGGCGCCCUGCUCAUCCAGCCGCACGCCUGCACCGCCGGCAACGACAUGGACCCAGCGUCGUACGUGAAGGUCAAGUGCGUCGCCUCCGGCAGCCGCCGCCAGUGCGAGGUCAUCAAGGCCGGGCUGGUGUUCAGGAAGAACGCCGCCCACAAGCACAUGCCCAGCAAGUGCCACAGGCCCAGGCUAGUGCUGCUCCAGGGCGCCCUCGGCCUCGACUCCCAUCUCGGCUUCUCCUCCUUCGACUCCAUGGAGCAGGACAAGCAGAGUCUCGGAGCCUCCAUCGCUCACAUCGUCCGGACUUGCCGCCCCAAUGUGGUCAUGGUCGAGAAGACGGUCUCCCGUGACAUUCAGGAGCUUCUCCUGCAGCACGGCGUCACCCUGCUGCUCGACAUGAAGCUCCACCGCUUGCAGAGAAUCGCUCGCACUUGCGGUGCUCCAUUGCUCUCCUUCUCUCAGCUUCUGGAUUGCCCAAAGCUCAAGCACUGCGACUACUUCCACAUCGACAAAUUCUUCGAGGAGCAUAACCACCAUACUCUGCCUGCUGGCAAGAGGCAAUCUAAAUCAUUGGUCUUCUUGGAAGGCUUUUCCAACCCUCUGGGAUGCACUAUACUGCUAAGAGGAGCAAACACUGAAGAACUGAAGAAAGUCAAGCAAGUCCUGCAAUACACAGUAUUUGCAGCAUACCAUCUGGUUCUAGAGACCUCCUUCUUCGAAGAUCAGAGGGUUUUCUUGAAUGAUAGAGAGGAUGGGAUACCAGAAAUUACUCAUCAAACUCCUCUUAUCUCAAAUUGUUCUCUUCCUGCUGCCAGUCCUACAGAUUAUAGAGAGUCCUUACAGGAAUACUAUGCUGGGGAUCAGGCAACCACAGUUUCUUUCACAAAUAAACCACCAGAUGCUUUAAACUCAUCCGCAGGUCAUGGUACAACCAUCAACUGUGAUCCAAAUGAAGCACCUCCAUCUGAAAAUCUGUUGUCCUCAGUGUCCGGAUCACUCAGAAGAUUCAUUGAUAUAUUCCGUUAUCAGAAUAUUUAUUUACCUGUAACUUCUUCUCAAGACUCAACUGGUCAUCGGGAGGAAGAAAAGACUGAAAUCAGCCAAGAAAUGGAGUCUGAUGAUGCCUUGGAAAAAGAAAAGGAGCCAGAUCAUUCUUAUCAGUAUAUGGAUCAGUUGAGUGAUCUUCAGGAACAAGUAUUCGCCAAAAUCAACCAAAGAAAGGCACAACCUGAUCCUUUAGUUACUGAAAAACAUGAGCAGUUGUCAGUUCCAAUGGGGGAUGUGGAACAAUACAGUACCGGUUACAUUGGCGAAAAUAGAAAUUCGGACACGGAUGAGGCUGAUGAUGGACUGGAUUCUCAGAGCAUACUCAUCUUGUUGUCCAGCCAAUGCGCCACAAAGCAGGUUAUCUGUGAGCAGAGUCAUCUAUACCGCAUAAAUUAUUAUGGAAAUUUUGACGUCUCCUUAGGACGAUAUUUGCAAGACAUUUUGCAGAAUCAGAACCUAAGCUGUUCCUCAUGUGGAGAGCCUCCAGAUGCUCACAUAUACUCUUACACCCACCGCAAUGGAAAUCUAACUGUUAGCGUGAAGCGUUUGCUGCCUCGACAUCAUUUGCCUGGUGAAUCUGAAGGGAAAAUUUGGAUGUGGACAAGAUGCCUAAGAUGUGAGCAUGAAAGUGGGAUGUCCAAAUCAUCUCGAAGAGUGCUAAUAUCAACUGAAGCGCGUAAUCUUUCGUUUGGGAAGUUCCUUGAACUCAGUUUUUCUAGCCACUCUGCUGCUAAAAGGCUGUCAGUUUGUGGGCAUUUGGUCAACAGGGACUGCUUGCGAUUUUUUGGGUUGGGCUCAAAAGUUGCAAAGUUCCAAUAUUCAGCGGUUGAAAUUUACACUGCCUGCAAACCACAACGAACCCUUGAGUUUCACAAUCCCAAUAUGCACGAGUGGUUCGAGCAAGAGGGGAGAAAUGUCCUUGCAAGCGGAGUUAAGCUUUUCUCUGAAGUUGCAAGCUUAAUACAGCACAUAAAGAAUCAGUUUCCUGAGGUGGCAAUCAAUUGUGGUGAUUUUCUUCCUGUCAAAGAGGUUUCUCAACUUGAAGAGAUGUUGAUGGAAGAAAAGGCCCAGUUUGUGGAUUCCCUCGUGAAGGCUGUUGAACAAAGCAGGAUGUCUAGCUCUUCUGUGAAUGAGAUUCUUAAUGUAAAUUGGCUCUACCAGGAUCUUCUGAUUCUACUAUAUAUGUGGGACCGUCGUUUCCAUCAACUUCUUGAGUGUAAGUCUGAAAGAAAGGCUAAUUGCAUCAAGAAAGACACUGUUGAAUUUACCGGUGAACCUGCUACUGAUGAAAGUGCAGGCAGUAAACUGUCCUUGGCGAAUGGAUGUAUCAAGGCAACGCAGUACAUUGAACAACCGGGGAUGGACAGAUAUUCAUCAACCUUCCUUGACGAAAAUUCACGAGAUGAACGACGCGAAAAGCAACACAUCACAGAAGUGCCUUCUUUCAGAAACUUGGAAGGUCUAGAUAUUCAGGGAACUGGACCAGUCACAAAUUCAGUAUCCAUUAAGCAAGAGCAAUCGGGUAUGCCGCAUUUUGGAAUUCCUGAAUGGUAUGGCAGGGAAACAUGGGUUUGGAGUCCAUUGCAGGAGUUAAGAGUGAGUUACAGGCAUGAACUGCAGGUUGGGUGUUUGGAAAAAUUUGAGCUUGUCAACAACUAUUCUCCAUCUCAUCUGUCCCACUUGCACAAACAAUCAUCUACUGAGUUCGCAGUUGGUCCAGGAGGUAAUGUGUUGUGCAUAUCAGAGGAUGAAAUAUCCAGCAUAAUAUCUCGUGCACUUGCCAUAUCAGAGGAACGUCGACAUCUUUUACUAGAUUCUAUAGUUGAGGGUGAGGCAGCCUACAGCAGGGGGACCGAGAGCUCUAAAAUGGAGAAAUCUUACAGCUCAUUAUCUGAAACUUCUUCAGCCUCUUCGUCCUGGUCAUCUAUUGGAUCUUCUGACUCAGAUGCAAGCUUUUCAUCUGAUGACCUCUUCUCCAGCUAUGAUAGCUCUCUUCUAUCGUCCCCACUUCAUCCUGAGGUAUCUGUCAACGGGAAAUUAUCUCUGAAAGGAAAAUACUCAGUGAUUUGUGUACACGCCAAUCAGUUUUACACUCUUCGAAAGAAAUGCUGCCCAUCUGAGCUUGCAUACAUUACUUCCUUAAGCCGGUGCAAGAAAUGGGAUGCUCAAGGAGGAAAGAGUAAGGCUUUCUUUGCAAAAACAUUGGAUGAUAGGUUCAUCAUAAAGCAAAUACAGAAGACAGAGUUUGAGUCCUUCAUAAAAUUUGCACCCGAUUACUUUAAGCAUGUCUAUCAUUCUCUUGACACUGGGAGUCAAACUUGCCUUGCCAAAAUUUUAGGAAUCUAUCAGGUUAAGCAAAUCAAACAUGGCAGGGAAGUGAAGCUUGAUCUGAUGGUGAUGGAAAAUCUUCUCUUCGGACACAAAGUGUCACGGAUAUAUGAUCUCAAAGGAGUUGUUUUCUCCAGAUACAUCUCUGACUCAAAUGACCAUGGCACUGUUUACUUGGAUCAAAAUUUCGUUGAUGACAUGCGUGUUUCUCCGAUAUAUGUUGGUGGAAGAAUGAAACAUCUCUUACAGCGGGCAAUCUGGAAUGACACAGCUUUUCUCACUUCAAUCAAUGUAAUGGAUUACUCUUUACUUGUGGGAGUGGACGAAGACAGGCAUGGGUUUGUAUUUGGAAUUAUUGAUUACCUAAGGCAGUAUACAUGGGACAAGCAACUGGAGACAUGGGUGAAAACUUCUUUAGUUGUGCCAAAGAAUGCUUCACCAACGGUAAUUUCACCCAAAGAGUACAAAAAAAGGUUUAGGAAGUUCAUGGCCAAGUAUUUCCUAACAGUUCCAGACGAUUGGAGUACAUAGAAACGUCUUGGGACCCUGCAAAUGAGUCCAUUGUUUGCUUGUUUGUUACUUUAAAAGCACUGUACAUAGAAUGGGUGGCUCACUUGUUUUUAAUUCUCCAAAAGUUUGCAAUUUUAAAGCAAAUUUCUGGAGCAAGCGAGGCCCAAAAUACAACGGUCAAAAUCAUUGAUCAUGCCUUACCGGUUUAUGUGGUAGCAAAAAGUUUGUAUUGACGGAUUAUUAUUGGUUUAUGUGGUGUAGAAACGUUGUUUUAUGCUUAGCAUUUCUUACCCAACACAAUUGUU